UACGUCAGUGUGGGUGUUUCGGUUUCAGUGUGGCGGCCAUUAUUCUACGUUUAAUUAUUUAGUUUUUUUGCUGUUUAGUGCUUUACCAAACAAAGAACUUGAAUAUUUUAGAUAUAUUCUCUAAAGCCAUACUUUUGGACAAAAUACGUUUAUAGUACAAAUAUGAAUCCAGAAUACGACUAUCUGUUCAAGCUGCUCCUUAUCGGAGACUCCGGAGUGGGCAAAUCCUGUCUUCUACUCAGAUUCGCCGAUGACACAUACACAGAAAGCUACAUCAGUACCAUUGGUGUGGACUUCAAAAUUAGGACUGUAGAACUAGACGGCAAGACAAUAAAACUACAGAUAUGGGACACGGCAGGUCAGGAGCGGUUUAGAACCAUCACCUCGUCAUACUACAGAGGAGCACAUGGCAUUAUUAUUGUCUAUGACUGCACAGACCAGGAUUCGUUCAGCAACGUGAAGCAGUGGCUUGAAGAGAUUGACCGCUACGCGUGUGACAACGUCAACAAGCUGCUAGUCGGCAACAAGUGUGAUCUCACGACCAAGAAAGUCGUCGAUUACACCACGGCCAACCAAUACGCGGAGCAGCUCGGCAUCCCGUUCCUGGAGACGUCGGCCAAGAACUCGACCAACGUGGAGCAAGCCUUCAUGACCAUGGCGGCCGAGAUCAAGGCGCGCGUGGGGCCGCCCUCGGCCGGCGCCGCGCCCGCCGGCGCCGCCGUCAAGAUCGAGCAGGGCCGCCCCAUCGACACCGGCAAGUCCUCGUGCUGCUGAACACCAAGCUGGCGGCUUGGCUCGGGCGCUGUGCGAUGCGCCGGCCGCACCACACAUAACAAAUGCAAUUACCACAAAUCGUUUCAUCGCAUCGUUAAUUAUAUAAACUAAUAUAGUGCCCGACCGGCGGCGGCACAGUACGUAAAAGGUAAUAAAAUAAUAAAUACACUUAUACAAUCGACAACAAUAUUUGCUCCAACAUGUUUCCUGGUCGGGAAAUGGGGCAUAAUAAAUAAUUAAAAUCAAGUUAAUAAAUAAUGUUCAGCAUUUUAAAUCUAUUUCUAUGUGCUCUAAAUUUCGAUUUAUGCUUGUCUCAUUUAUUAAGUUUUCUAAGCUUACAAUUUACAGGAUAAAAAUUGCUAUUUUACUGUAAAUAAAUGUUUUAUUUACAAGGAAAUACAUUUUUAGCUUAUUAAAAUUUAAGGUUAGAAAAUAUUUUGAUAUAAGAUAAAUAGUCUUAUCACUAUCAUCUGAAUUAAUGCAAUACUGUCUCAAAGACCCGAGUGAUUCUCGAUACAAAACCGCACCAACUAAUCUUAAAAUUUCCACCAGCGUAUAAUUGGUUCCCUGAACUGUCAAGUCGAACACAAAAUAUCUAAAAACAAGUAUACCAUAGAGAUAUCAAGGAUAGGAAUAAUACCAAGCUUGAACGGGAUGGCCUAAUGGAAUUUUCAACAGAAGUAGCAGGAAAAAAGCUAUUAUCGUUUGUCCUUCUUAUAGUUUAACUUGGUUCGACUAAGAAGUCCUACGUGUCAGGUCAAAACGGUAGCGUCCGGUGUUCUGCACAAAAGCUUGGCGGGCAACAACGAACCUGACAAAAUUAUGUAAGUAUUGUUAUCAGCAAUGUUAAAAUGUGUUUUAAAACCGUAUUGCGUAUGUUCUGUUCCACACGGGCGCACGUGUGUAGCAAUUCAAUGGUAUACUUGCUUUUAGCAAAAUGUCUCCGAAAAUGGCGCCAUCUAUCGGCAGUGUCGAGCGUUUUAGGCGAGUCAAACAACUGUGUAUACCCGUACUGUGCCGCGUGUGGUAUUUAAGUAAGCUGACUUAAGUUGCUAUGUCCGAAUAUCUUGAUAGUUAAAGGGAACGAAAUGGAUGGGUGUAUGUUUAUACAUGUUUAUAUAUAAUGAAUAUCGUAGGUUAAUUUUGUGCUGUAUCCGCGAGGUCAAGCCGAUUUCAACUUAGGUCAAAUUUGUAUGUGAGGGCUCGUUUUGUACGUUCUUGUGUUAAUGUGGGUAAGGUAAAUAGUGUUUUUUACAGAUUGAUGUUCAGAAUCACAUAGUUGCACAAACGCUUGCUGGUACAUGCGCCAUUAGAUAUAUCGGAGCGGCCGAGGUGCUCAAAAAUAUCUGAACACACACUUUGACAAUAGAGGCGUUGUCAGAUAUUAUUUGUGAGCAUCUUGGGUGCUCUAAUAUAUCUGAUGGCCACUGGAAAUUUUGUGCAUGUGAUCAUCAAAAUAUAUUUAUUGAAUCAAUGUUAAAAUUGGUGCUGCAAAACAAGGCUUGGAACCGGUUUAUUUCGGUUUUCCUCCGAACUUUUAUAAGAACGCGAACGUUUUAAGAACUUUAUUGUAACCUAAAAAACCGGUUUAUUCGACGAGCGACGAAACGGCCGGCCUGGUGGUGCCACGUAAACAUAGACACCAACAUAAGAAGAAACCGGUUGCUCUAAACCGGUUAAUUUGACGAACUGUUAUCAUAGAAACCGGUUUAAAAAUAACGGUUUUUCUUGCAAAACGCAGAGUAUUGCUGCUGUAAAAGCAUUAUUUACCUUCAGGUUCGAACGAACACAAAGCUACAACUAGAUGCCACAGUCGAGUUCAUGUACAUUUUUUCACCUUAUUGCAAUGGAUUGAGGUGAAAAAAUGAAUACAUAUUUAUGAACUCUACUGUAAUUGGUUGGAACAAAUGAUUUCAUCAACAUUUUAAUGUGUGAUCUGAUACAAUGACGUAACGAAAAUAUUGAUAUCUCAUGUAUUGACGAAUACUGACAGUGUGAAACGUCUAUAUACGUCAAAUUCCAAUGUAACGGUUAUAGUGGCACUGCCAUACUUUGUCGAUGCCGCAGCGGCAGUUAUCGGCGACGGAGUUUUUAUGUCGAUACUUUUAUAAGUUCCGUGGUAAAGUAAGGACGCUAAGCAGUAAGAAUUUCGUACAUUAAUUCGCCUGUUUCCGUCUAUCGCACGCGCCUAAUUAUAUAGUCAGACCAAGAUAAUUUUGCAGCGGUUUUGACAGCCGAGCCAAUGCAAGUGUUAUUUUCAACGUCAAACUUCUAUGAUAUUACGACGUUUACUUAACACUUGCACAGGCUGUCCUACCAAAAUCGUUGCCAACAUAGUUUGGUCUGACUCUAUUGCUGUCCCACUUGCACGGUAGUAUUGACCGCCGGCGUCAUGGGCGGACAGCAAUACGCGUGCGAUAGAGAAACAGGCAGGUCAAUGUACGAAAUUAUUCGCGCUUAGCAUCCUUACUUUAACUUGUUGUAGAUUUGUGUGCCUUCGAACAAGUAUUAUACAAGCGAGCUAGAAGCGAUCUAGUUAUAAGUCUAUACUUACUGGGCCCGUCCAAAGGGCCAUUUCAUUUAUACCCGCUGAUUUCACUGAGGUACUAAUUUUAUAUUCGCACUGAGUGUUUAAUUCAAGACCGAGCUGUUGGAUUUUGUGUUCAAAUAUAUGUUUAAUAUGGUGUCCCAUAUUUUACGAUUUUUAGAAAUUAAUAACGGCUACCCUCUAGGUUUCUAUUACCCCAAAACACUUUAAAAAUACGUAUAUUUCGUGUUUGUUCCUGUGAACAGACUUUCAUGCGAUUCUCCCAUACAUGUAUGAAAAUGUCAAUUUUUAUCUUUUUUUUUAUGUCAACGGUAUGUACUGUUGGAAACAUUAUUUUUACAAAACACGACGCGAAAAGAAAACCAAUAAAAAAUAUUAAGUUAUAGUAAUUUGCAUAGGAAUUUCAAAUGCAAGUCGACACGGGUUACAGUUACUGGAGUGACCAGAUUUUUUUCGGGGUGUUUUGGGCUAGUAUGAAUAUAUUUAGACAUGCAUUUUUAAUUUUCAAAAUCGCAAAUAAGGGACUGAUGUUUAACACAAAAUUGUAGAUAUAGCAUUAUGGCCUUAGAAACGAGAUAUUAAUGCAUCCGUAGGCAGGGGGGGAUAUAGUAUUAAAAGACAUUUAAUACACUUAUCACGCAGCAAUGGUGUGAUAAUUUUAAAAUUAAACGGCCUUUUAUUAUAAACGCCAGUAUAAAUUAUGAUUUCGUCCUUUAUUUAAAGUAUUAUAUUAUCUCUGGUGUUUAAAAUGUUGGGCCGGUAAUUUAUUUUUUAAAUGAUCUAUAGCCGACUCAUUUAUGUGGUUAUUUUUCUACAUCAGUUAGUUAACCAAAUAAGCGCUGACCCACUGUAAUUCUGUAUGAGGGUUCUUAGAAAUUAAAACAGUAUGCUAUUAUAAA